UAAAGCCACAAGUGUAACCGGAAUCUCUGAAUGAGUGUUUUUUCCCUGUGAAGCCGGGUGUAAAUAUGAAUUUGAAAAGUAGCGUGCCGCUCGUUAAGACUCUACAUCUGGUGACAGCUGUGAUGUGCUGACCAAGGGUCAGGGGCACGGGCCGACUGUUUGAUAUGAUUAUUAACUCAUCAUUUGCUGGGUUGCGUUGUGCAUUUUUAAGGGAAGAUGCAAUCCAUAGCAUCAUUUGUGGCUCUGCUCACUGCGGUCAUGUUUGCUCUGCACAUUGGAUGCACUGACGCAGCCAAACUGAAAGAUUCCUGCUCAACUUGCAGACAGAUCACUGACAACUUCAGUAAGGAGUUUGACAGAACAGCGAAGAAGAACUUUGGUGGAGGGAACACAGCCUGGGAAGAGAGAAAACUGUCAAAAUAUGAGACCAGCGAGAUCCGCCUUGUGGAAAUCCUGGAGAACGUCUGCGACAGCAGCAGCUUCGAGUGCAACCAGAUGGUGGAGGAGCACGAGGAGCAAUUUGAGACCUGGUGGUUCAAGAGAAAAACAAAGCACCCGGAUCUUUUUAAAUGGUUCUGCAUCGAUACCAUCAAAGUUUGCUGUCCAAAAGGAACCUUUGGUCCAGACUGCAAUGCCUGUGUGGGAGGUUCUGAGAGACCAUGCCAUGGCAACGGGGCCUGCAGCGGAGACGGAACCAGGGCUGGUCACGGCCAGUGCAGCUGUAGCCAUGGAUAUGAGGGAGAGUUUUGCCUGGACUGCAUCGCUGGGUUCUUUAAUGAGGAACGCAACGACACUCAUUCCAUCUGCACAGAGUGUCACGUUUCCUGCAAGACGUGCACUGGCUCCACCAAUCGGGAGUGCGACGACUGUAAGCCUGGCUGGGAGAAGGACCAGGAGGGCACCUGUAACGAUAUGGAUGAGUGUUCAGGGGAAUCUCCACCUUGCAAAGAGGACCAGUACUGCCUGAACACAGAGGGCUCAUUUUCCUGUAAAGCCUGUGACAAGCCGUGCUUGGGCUGCAGAGGGGCGGGGCCUGAGUACUGCCUGGCCUGUGCAGAUGGGUACAGGGACGAAGAAGGAGUAUGUGCAGAUAUCAACGAGUGCGAGUUGCCCGAGUCAGCGUGUCCUGGGGAGCAUCGCGAGUGUGUCAACAUGGCAGGCAGUUUCAGGUGCAUCUGCACCAGCGGCUUCCAGGACCAGGGUGGCGCGUGUGUCGAGGCGGCGUCCUUGGCAGAGGGCAGCCAGGAUGAGUCCGAUUCUGGACCCUCUGACAUUUCUGAAUCCACCGAACCUCCUCGAGAGUCGAAGCUUCCAGAGGAGCGGGAGGACCUGUGAGCCUGGCAUGUGGAGCUGCCAAGGACCCGGGGAGGGCCCAGCCCUCCCAGACGUCACCGCAGAGCACUCCACCAGUCCCACACAUCUUGGCACUUGGAUGUCCCAUGUGCUGUACCCCAAGUACCGGCUUCUGGAUAUGAGGUGGCGGACUUAACUCUGGGGUGCACUUAUUUUUGUAAAAGUUGAUGUAAUUAAAGUGGAACUGAGAAAA